AGUAACACUACACCAAUAUUUUAUCUUAAAACGGAGAAGGAGGCUUUUAAAUAUUUGUGUUUUUCUUUAUGGUGAAUAAAAUGCAAUACUGGACUUUCCAUUUGGAAAAUGACAGUUUUCAAGGGAGCAGAUGUGUGUGACUUACUUUGACCACUUCCUGGUGUUGUUUACUGGUACAGAUAUUUGAAAUUGGAUAUUGAAAAAACAUCAUACAAGACUUGAAAAGCGCGGCAUGGAGGAAAAUAAGGCACAUAGCACAGCAGAUCAUGGCUGUCAAAGAAGCAAAGCAACUACUCCACCUCAUACUGAAAUCAAAGUGGAAUAUGAGAGAGAUGAACAAUACAAUAGAUUUGCAAUGCUGGCUGUAAAAAUUCAGACUUCAGUCUAUGUAGUUUUAAACAAAUAUAAAAGCAGAGUUAUCCGUGUCCUCAGUUACCUUCUCCUGCUGUUGUACUUCGUCUAUCUCGGCUACGCCAUGUACUACAGGUUUGGGGACGAGGGUUCGAUACGACUCCUCGUUUGUUCGAUUUUGGGAACAAUCAUUCUUGUUUAUAUUCAGCUUCAGCGAUUGCCUCAAUCCAAGAUUGAUGUUUGUACAUAUCUAAAACAGGUCUCCAGAACUAACAAGGCCAGGAUAUUAAAACAGUAUAUGGGGAGAUUGUUGGUAGUGUCUGUGUUUGUUACUUUAACUGUAUACAUCAUCAUUGACGUUCUACUGGAUUUUCCACAAAACUCAGUAUCUGUUGCUGGAUUGAUUUUGUACAUCAUCAUUUUCUACGUAUUUUCGAAAAAUCCAGCAAAGGUAAAGUGGAGGCCAGUUUUCUGGGGAUUUGCCUUGCAGAAUAUAUUUGCUCUCGUCAUUCUCAGAACCAAAUGGGGCUACCAAGCAUUCCAGUGGCUGGGUGAUCGAAUCAUAGAAUUUCUCAAUUUUUCCAAUACUGGUGCCAGUUUUGUUUUCGGUGAACUUUACGCCAAUCAUCUUUUUGCAUUUAAGGUUAUGCCAGUUGCUGUCUGGUUCUGUUCCGUAAUUUCCGUUUUAUAUUACCUUGGUGUCAUGCAGGUCGUCAUUAAGAGGAUGGGUAUGUUUCUGGCAUUCUGCCUGGGAACCACACCUGCAGAGUCGUUGAAUGCAGCAGCAAAUAUAUUCCUAGGCAUGACCGAUGGCCCACUCAUGCUGCAGCCAUUACUAGAGGAUAUGACUAACUCAGAGCUACAUGCUGUGAUGACAGGAGGGUUCGCUACAAUCGCUGGUUCUGUUCUUGGAGCGUACAUUAAUUUUGGAGUACCUGCAAAUCAUCUUAUAACAGCUUCUGUGAUGUCUGCUCCAGCUGCCCUUGCUGUUUCUAAACUUGCGUACCCGGAAACGGAAACGACUAUAACUAGUGCUUAUGACUAUGGCAAAAUGGGGAAAUCAACCGACAGAAAUAUCAUUGAAGCCAUUUUGUCAGGGGCAUGGAGCUCAAUCAAGAUCAUAACUGCAAUUGCCGUAAAUGUAAUGGCAUUUUUGAGUGUUCUUGAGUUUGUAAAUAUGACAUUGGACUGGUUUGGAGAACGUGUUGGAAUCGAAAAUCUUUCUUUUCAGUUGAUUUGUUCCUAUGUGUUCUACCCGAUUGCCUUCUUUAUGGGGACGGACAUUUCGGACUGUCGCCGAGUAGCAGAACUAAUCGGGAUCAAAACAUUCACCAACGAGUUUGUGGCCUACUCGGAGCUCUCCCACCUUAUUGCUAACAAAAAGAUCUUCACAGGAUACAAAGCAUUCUGGAAUACGUCCUCAGCCUGGUUUUAUCGAGGAGAUGAUAUUUUUCUACCGCAUGUUAAUCAGACACUAAUUAAAGGAAUAAUAUCGAAUAAAUCUGAGGUAAUAACUACAUAUGCCUUAUGUGGUUUCUCUAACUUUGGAUCCAUGGGAAUACUUCUGGGUGCUAUGACAGCUUUGGUUCCCUCAAGACGUGGCGAUCUGUCCAAAAUCGUUCUCAGAGCAAUGAUAGCAGGCAAUGUCGCUUGUUUCUUAACAGGAUGCAUUGCAGGUUUACUUUAUAAAGAUUAUGGUACAACAUAGAACAACCUUGUAGGGAGAUUCUUACAGAUCAUUCAUGGACUUUUCUCGUGGACAGAGAGUGUAAAUUCAAACUUUAUUACUCAAGAAAUG